CGGGACCUGACUAUCUGCAGGUCCGUGGGGGUCUGCGGAGGUUCAGACGCUGUGCGGGUCUUCAGAGUUCCGGACGGGUCGCGGUUUGCUGGACUUCAGGUUUCACAGCUUCGGGUUCUGGAUCGGCAGCAUGUUGCAGCUGCUGCUCGCGUUGCAGGUGUUUACCUGUGCCCAGGUGGGCAGGGCCCAGGAGGACAGCAGCCUCCCGGAGCUCAGUGACGUCUGCACUGAAGGCAGCUGUUACCCGGCAACAGGAGACCUUCUGAUUGGCCGGGCCCACCAGCUGUUGUCUACCUCCACCUGUGGACUGAACCGACCCGAACCUUUCUGCAUCGUCAGCCACCUGCAGGAGGAGAAGAAGUGCUUCUUGUGCGACUCGGUGGCGUCCUACGAUGAGCUGACCAAUCAGACGAGCAGCCAUCGUAUUGAGAAUGUCGUCACCACAUUUGCUCCAAACAGACUGAAGACCUGGUGGCAGUCAGAGAACGGUCUGGAGAACGUCACCAUCCAGCUGAAUCUGGAGGCCGAGUUUCACUUCACACACCUCAUCAUGACCUUCAAGACGUUUCGUCCAGCUGCCAUGGUGAUCGAGCGGUCAGCUGACUAUGGGAACACCUGGCAUGUGUACCGUUACUUCGCCUACGACUGCGAGACAUCCUUCCCCUCUGUUUCCCAGGGUCCCAUGCAGAAGGUCGAUGAUGUCAUCUGUGACUCACGUUACUCUGACAUUGAGCCGUCUACUGAGGGAGAGGUGAUUUUCAGAGUCCUGGAUCCAGCGUUCCAAAUCGAUGACCCGUACAGCCCCAGAAUCCAGAACAUGUUGAAGAUCACCAACCUAAGAGUGAAGUUCACCAAACUGCACACGCUCGGAGACAACCUGCUGGACUCUCGUAUGGAGAUCAAAGAGAAGUAUUACUACGCUGUCUACGACAUGGUGGUCCGAGGAAACUGCUUCUGCUAUGGACACGCCUCUGAGUGCGCCCCCAUUCAGGGAGCCAGCCAGACCAGGGAGGGCAUGGUUCACGGUCACUGCAUGUGUAAUCACAACACCAAAGGUCUGAACUGUGAACAAUGUCAGGAUUUCUACCAUGACUUGCCCUGGAGACCAGCUGAGGGACGCAACACCAAUGCCUGCAAGAAGUGUAACUGCAACCAGCACUCGGACUCCUGUCACUUUGACAUGGCCGUGUUCGUGGCUUCAGGAAAUGUCAGCGGAGGCGUCUGUGAUGACUGUCAACACAACACAGCCGGACACAACUGUGAGCAGUGUCAACCAUUUUACUUCCAACAUCCCGAGAGAGACGUCAGAGACCCCAACAUCUGUCAGCCCUGUAACUGUGACCCUCUGGGCUCUCUGAAUGGAGGAAUGUGUGACAGGAUGACGGAUGUUCGAGUCGGACUGAUCGCUGGUCAGUGCCGCUGCAAAGCCAACGUGGAGGGAGAGCGCUGCGAGCGCUGCAAACAGGCGCACUACGGGCUGACCGAUGAGCCUGAAGGCUGCAAGGCAUGCACCUGUAGCCCUCUGGGAACGGUUCCUGGAGGAAAUCCCUGCGACAGUGAAACAGGAAGCUGCUUCUGUAAACGACUGGUGAUUGGACGAGACUGUGACCAGUGUGUGUCUGAACACUGGGGUCUCAGUAAUGAUUUGGACGGCUGCAGACCAUGUGACUGUGAUCUGGGAGGAGCCAUCAACAACCAGUGUGAUCAGCUAACUGGUCAGUGCGUCUGCAGAGAUCACAUGUUUGGUCGUCGCUGUGAUCAGGUCGAGUCUGGAUUCUACUUCAUUGCUCUGGAUCACUACACCUACGAGGCUGAGGAUGCCAAGUUGGGACCUGGAGUGAUGGUGGUCCCGAGGCCCCACCCUCUGGACCGCAGUCCCACCUGGACGGGUGUGGGCCUGGUCAACGUCCCAGAGGGGGCCUUCCUGGAGUUCACUGUCGACAACAUCCCUCACUCCAUGGAGUACGACAUCCUCAUCCGCUACGAGCCUCAGCUGCCUGACCAAUGGGAGGAGGUUCUGAUGACGGUGGUGAGACCUGGCCCAAUCAGAGCAGACAGCCGCUGUGUCAACACCGUACCAGACGACGACCACCAGAUGAUCUCGCUUCAUCCCGGCUCACGGUACGUGGUUCUUCCCAGACCAAUAUGUUUUGAAUCUGGUCUGAACUACACAGUCCGCCUCAGUCUACUGCUGUACUCAGCCCUCAGCGACGUCCAGUCUCCAUACACACUCAUCGACUCGAUCGUGCUGAUGCCUCACUGUAAGAACUUGGAGAUCUUCACGCCGUCAGAGGGAGGAGACUCCAGCGGGAGCAGCGGCUGGGACACUUUUCAGCGUUAUCGUUGUCUAGAGAACAGCCAGGGCGUCAUCAAGUCUCCGAUGACCGACAUCUGCAGAAACUUCAUCUUCAGCAUCUCCGCCAUGCUACACCAAGGAGCCAAAGAAUGCCAGUGUGACCCUCAGGGCUCUCUGAGUACUGUGUGUGAUCCCAACGGGGGUCAGUGUCAAUGUCGACCCAAUGUGGUGGGCAGGAACUGUGACAGAUGUGCUCCGGCUACAUUCCAGUUCGGACCCAACGGCUGCAGAGCAUGUGAGUGUGACCCUCAGGGUUCACAGAGUCCGUUCUGCGAUCAGCUGACCGGUCAGUGUGUCUGUGUUUCGGGAGCAUACGGUCGUCAGUGUGACCGAUGUCUGCCGGGCCACUGGGGCUUCCCUGCCUGCCGACCCUGCUCCUGUAAUGGACACACCGAGGACUGCGACACCCACACCGGACGCUGCCUCGACUGCAGGGACCACAGCACAGGAUACAGCUGUGAGAGGUGUCUAGAUGGUUACUAUGGUGACCCGGUGCUGGGGUCAGGUGACCACUGUCGUCCCUGUAUGUGUCCUGACGGCCCGGGCAGCCUGCGCCAGUUUGCAGGAAGUUGUUACCGCGGCGACGACUCCCAGCAGGCCAUCUGUGUCUGCAACACUGGAUAUAGAGGUGCUCGCUGUGAUGAGUGCUCUCCUGGUUACUAUGGAAACCCCAGUGAGGUGGGGGGGCAGUGCCAGCCCUGUCAAUGCAACAACAACAUCGACAUGUUGGACCCGGAUUCCUGUGACGCCCGAACUGGCGAGUGUCUACGCUGCCUGUACCACAGCGAAGGCCCCGCCUGCCAGAGCUGCAAGCUGGGUUACUAUGGCAACGCCCUGCUGCAGGACUGCAGGAAGUGUGUUUGUAACCAGCUGGGCAGCGAUUCCUCCAGCUGUCCGGCAUCUGGCGACUGUCACUGCGACCGCCGCAGCGGACAGUGUCACUGCUUUCCUAACGUGAUCGGUCAGCACUGCGACCGCUGCGCGCCUGACACCUGGAACAUGGCGAGCGGCCAUGGCUGUCAGACCUGCGACUGCGACACCAAACAUUCGUACGGGACGUCCUGCAAUGAGAUCAGCGGUCAGUGUUCCUGUCAUCCUGGUUUUGGAGGAAGAACAUGCAGCGAGUGUAGAGAGCUGUUCUGGGGAGACCCAGAGGUCAAAUGUCACGCGUGUGACUGCGACGCUCGCGGCAUCGCCGAGCAGCAGUGCAACAAAGCCACCGGUCACUGUGUGUGCGUGGAGGGCGUGUCCGGCCCGCGCUGUGACGUCUGUGCCCGAGGAUUCUCCGGCACCUUCCCCGACUGCCGCCGCUGCCACCAGUGCUUCGCCGAAUGGGACGCCGUCAUCGGUCAGCUGACCAAUCAGACGCACCGCCUCGUCAACAAGGUCAACACCAUCAAAGCCAGCGGAGUCAGCGGGCCGUACAGGAAGUCCAUUGACAGCAUGGAGAGGAGCACCGCUGACAUCCGGGUCAUCCUGAACCAGAACCCCGCCUCCCAACCACUGAGUGAGAUCCAAGAGCUGCUGCAGCAGGCCAGUGACCUGAUGGGGGCCCUGAGCCGGGCAUUGAACCACACAGAGCAGACUCUGGUCCAGGUUCAGGAGGGGGACGGCCAUGUGGACAGGAAACUGGACUCAGUGAUAUCAGAUGCUCAGAAACUGGAGCGGACGGUUCAAGAGCUGCUGGACCAGGUUGAAUUCAUCAAGAACUCUGACAUCAGAGGGGCGACCGACAGCAUCACUAAGUACUUCCUGCAGUCUCAGGCGGCUGAAGCUCGAGCGAACGCCUCCACCAUUGACCCUGACAGCCCGGUGGAAAGCUCUGCCCGUCUACGGCAGCUCACAGAGGACAAGAUGAACCAAUCAGGAGACGAGUUCCUCAAGAGACACACUGAGCAUGCUCAGAGACUGGACGACCUGGCAGGAGAGCUGCAGACUCUGGACCUAUCAGAGCUUAGCCACAAGACCUGUGGCAGCCUGGCAGGUCAGGACUUGUGCUCGGCGUCCCCCUGUGGAGGUCUGGGCUGUGUGGACUCUGAAGGCGGGACCAGGUGUGGAGGGGACGGAUGUGACGGUGUGGUGAUGAAGGCUCGCAGCAGCUGGCAGAAAGCUCAGGACUCUGAACAGGAAAUCCUCAGCGCCAUGGAGGAAGUGGAGCGGCUCUCCAAGAUGGUGUCUGAGGCCAAACUGAAGGCAGACGAGGCGAAGCUGAGCGCUCACGACGUCCUCAUGAAGACCAACAGAACCAAACAGAAAGUCGACCAGAGCAACGAGGAGCUGAGAAACCUCAUCAGACAGAUCAGAGACUUCCUCACACAGGAUGCGGCGGACCUGGAGAGCAUCGAGCUGGUGGCUAACGAGGUUCUGGCCAUGCAGAUGCCAACCACGCCGGCUCAGCUGCAGAACCUGACUGACGAGAUCCGGCAGAAGGUCGGAGAGCUGGGACACGUGGGGGACAUCUUGCAGCAGAGCGCUGACGACAUCCAGAGAGCUGAGAACCUGUUGGACCAGGCUCGUCGAGCCAGUGAGGAGGCGGCGGAUGUGAAGGACUCUGCAGAGAAGGUGAAACAAGCUCUGCAAGAAGCUCAGAGAGCUCAGACCGCCGCCAGCAGCGCCAUCCAGCAAGCCACCGCAGACAUCCGGAACACCAACAACCUGCUGUCCUCUGUGAAGUCAGAGACAGCAGAUGCAGAGGUGAAGCUGAACAACGCCACCCAGAGGCUGCAACGGCUCGAGCAGGAUGUGACACUGCUGAGAGACAAAACUCUGAAUGCCACACUGAGUGCCGAACGGACCAAUCAGGAUGCAGCGAGCAUCGGAAAGAUGGCAGAGGAGGUCAAGAAGGACCUGGACUCUGAGCUGAAGGAUAAGUACACCACUGUGGAGCAGCUGAUUGGCCAGAAGGCAGGGGGUGUGGCCGACGCCAAGAAGAGGGCGGAGUCACUGCAGCAGGAAGCUAAAGAGCUGCUGCUGCAGGCCAGCAAAAAGCUGCAGCUGCUGAAAGAUCUGGAGAAGUCGUAUGAUGACAACCAGCGGACUCUAGAGGUGAAAGCAGAGCAGCUGGUGGAGCUGGAGGCAGCAGUGAAGGAGCUGCUGCAGCAGAUCAGCAACAAGGUGACCGUCUACAGCACCUGUCUGUUCUAGGUCAAAGGUCACCUGUCUGUUCUAUGGUCACAGGUCACUUCUACAGCCAAUCAGAGGUGUGAUCACUGCCCUCAUAGUUCCUCUGUGACCUGAAACAGGCAAAGAAGAAAAAGACCAAAAGUUAAAUAUUUUAAUUCCAAAAUUAAACGCUUGUGUCUGAAUGAAACCAAAUAUUUUAUUUCAUUUUAUUUCUCUAAUGAUCUCACUCUUACAAAGAUACUGAACAUUUAAUCAACAGCUAAUUUCCAAAGUGGACAUUUUAAGUUUUGCAUGUCUCAGUGUUCGUCUGAAAGAAACAUUCAGGUCAGAUUGUGAUUGGAAAACAAGCUGAAACUGAUCGAAGUGAUCAGACAUGGAUGAAUUUAAUUGGUCGGUUUAUCAAAUGAGAAAUAACACGAUAAUCAGACGUUCAGUGUAUGUUUGAAAUGUGUUGAAUGUCUUCGUGAAUGUAAUGAAAUCCAAAUAACUGACUUUCACUAAUAGUUUAAAUGUCUGAAUGUUGAACCAUGUGACUGCAACAGUUUUUACUUCCUGUUUUGUUUUGGGGGUUUUUUCUACGUGGCCAAAACUUUGAACCCAAAAUGAUUUUUAAUAAAAAGUUCUGGUUGAAA